UUGGCGGGUGAUCUUCGUUUAGCCUUGUGCUUAUCGGCAUAAAAAAUGGUGGACGUUCAGAUCGGUAAUUGGAAACGACGAAUGAAUUUCGUCGCUCCAGGUCAAUCCGGGAUCAAAAAAGCAGAGUUCUUCUUGGCAAGUAUCAGCGUGCAACGUUGUGCUCGCCGCUAUCGCGUCAACAAAUGCGCGGCCAACAAGAAGUCAUCGCCCUUCUGACCACGUGAACAGCGAGCGGCGUCGUCAGUUGUUAUAUAUUCGCUGUCGUGUCUAGAUGUAGACCUGAUCAUCAUCAACAUCAACAUCACCUCAUCGCUCACAGACCAGAAAAUCAGACUGUACACACAAUCAACACAAUGGACAGCGAAAUGUCUCAAGACAAGAAAGUCAUUUCGGAGCGGGGCACCUCGGAAGCUGGACCAGGUGAAGUCCUGGAACUCGACCGGGAGAUGGAGAAACGAAUCGUGCGCAAAAUUGACUGGCACAUUCUGCCCUGGGUUUGCGUGUCUUAUCUCAUCAACUACCUCGAUCGAGUCAACCUGGGAAAUGCGCGAACUCUGAAUAACGAUACGCCGGAAGACAAUAUCGUUCAACAGCUUGAUCUACGUGGUAUCCGAUACAGUACUGCUGUGGCCGUCUUCUUCGUUCCCUAUGUCUUGAUGGAAUUUCCUAGCAACAUUUUGCUCAAGUACUUCACCCCAAGAGUCUGGAUUGGCCGAAUUAUGAUCAGCUGGGGCAUUGUGACUCUCUGCACUGCUGCAGUCUCAACAUACGCUGGGUUGUUGGUGGCUCGAUUCUUCCUAGGUCUCGCUGAGGCAGGAUUCUAUCCUGGUGUGAUCAUGUAUCUUUGCUUUUGGUACAAGCCCAACGAAAGAGCCACGCGCAUGGCCAUUUUUGCUGGGUCUGUUGCCGUGGCUGGCGCAUUCAGCGGCCUUCUCGCGACUGGCAUCUCGUUCAUGAACGGCAAGGCAGGUCUAAGCGGUUGGCAGUGGCUAUUCAUCCUUGAAGGCAUUCCCGCAGUUCUUUUCGGCAUUGCAGUCUGGUUUUUGAUGCCCAACUAUCCAAAUGAUGCAAAGUUUUUGACCGAAGAAGAACGGGCUUUUGCCGUUGCUCGAAUGGGUCCUUUUGCUCCAAGCGCCAACGACAAGCAUUUCGACAAGGACAUCGCCAAAAAGACACUAAUGGAACCUCUUUUCUGGCUCUUCGCGGUUCAGUACUUCCUCAUGACCAAUUCCUUGAAUGCUUUCGGCUAUUUUGCCCCCACAAUCGUGGCCUCUCUCGGUUUCGAAGGCUACGUUGGACAACUUUUGACAGUGCCUCCCAACUUUUUCGCAUUGAUUAUCAUCGUCAGCAACUGCAUGCACUCGGACUUUACCAAAGAACGAACCCGGCACGUUAUUGCCGGUCUGAUAUUUGUUGGGCUGGGUUACUUGCUUUUGGCAGUCUUGACGAAUUGGAUUGGGAGAUAUGUUGCUGUGUUCUUGAUUGCUUGCACAAACGCUGCGGUCCUCCCCUUCCUAGCGCACCGUACUGCAACCGUGUCAGGCUCUACCGCCACAGCUCUUGCAACUGGUGGUAUCAUCGCUCUGGCCAAUUGUGGUGGUAUCUCGGCGCCAUUCCUCUUUCCGGCAUCUGACGGACCAAGAUAUCAGAUGGGGAAUUGGACCGUCUUUGCCUUUCUAUUUGUCUCAAUCUUCAUCACUAUCUACCUCGGCUGGAGGUUGGGCACUGGGUCUGAGUAUCGUGAUAUCAAACAGGUGGCCGGCGAGACCUUGAACAGCGAAGAGUUGGAGAGACGCAGCAGCGCCAUUACCCAAGAAGCUCAACGCGUCGCGGCCUCGCAGACAAAGGUCUGAGAGCGAGACACUUCGACAACUCGGGUUCGAUACAUUGAGUUUUGUUGAUCGGUCUGAUUUGCGGACAGAGAUACCCUCAUGCAGAGAGAUGCUUAUGGUCUCGGGUCAGAUGCGACUCUAGAUCUUCACGACAAGAACGAUAUUCUCCAAAAGUCUUAGGUACUAGGUAGCGGCUAUUGAGAUUUUUACUUGAAGAUAUGGG